AGAAGCCAGAAGAACUUGCAGAGAUUAAACACCAAUUUAAACUCGGACUCCAUGGCUGCUACUGGACUUCCAGGCGAUUUAAUGGAUAUAUUUAAGCAGCGAUAAGAGAAUGCUUAUAAUCUCAUGGAGUGGCUGCCCAUCCCAUUAGUACAUCCUACCGCGGUACCGAAACCACACACAUUUCAACAUCAACAUCAUGUUGAAACUAACACUGUGCCUCUGCCUUUGUGCAUAUCUUGCUCAGGAAACUCAUGGGCAAGCAAUCCCAAUAGGAAGCCCGUACCAAGUCAGACUUUUUGAUUAUUCUCCAGCUAAAGACCUGACGCCACAAGAAGUUAUCCAGAAUAAUGUGCGAUACAUCGUGACCGAAAUGGACAAACCUGCUAAUCCUGAGGUAUUGAUUUUCCCUGAAUACGGAAUUACAGGCAUUGAUGCAUUGACGCAUUCAAAUAUUUCGGCAUUCGCCAUUAAAAUUCCGGAUGUUGAUCCAGGUAAGGCACUAUGCCAAGCAUUCAGUGUUGAUCCGACACUCAAUAAACUUGCUUGCGGCAUUGCCACCAAAACACCACUGAAAGUCUUGGUAGUAAAUCUAUUGGAGAUCGUGGAUAAUGAUAUUUACAACACCAACUUGGUGUUUAAUGAAAUUGGUGCCAUUCUUGCAAAAUACCGCAAAAUUAAUUUGAAUGACGCAGAAAAAUCGAUACUGAAAGCCGGUACCGAACCGGUGACUUUCCUUUCCUCGUUUGGUGUUACUUUUGGUUUGAUUACCAGUGACGAUAUCCUGCAUAAAACACCUUCACAGGUUAUUUUAAGAGAUAGAGCCGUUACGGAUGUGAUUAUGACUUCCGCUUGGCAGUCCGAGGUGCCUUUCUAUUCCGCCAUUGGUCUUCAAGAUGGCUACUCAAGGAAAAACGGAAUUAAUCUGCUUGUGUCGAGUAUCAGUGAUCCCGCAAAUUACCGAGGUGGUUCUGGUACUUAUUCUGUAGAUCCACGAGGAAAUACCGCUUAUGUACCAAGGGUCCCUGGAAACCAGGUCGUCUCUGACAGACUCAGAGUCCUUGAGCGACAGUUACCGGAACGCGCUUGCAGUGAACAGAUUAAUCCUAGAUCUCUGGGUAAUCUGACUGGAAGGGUGUCAGACAUUAAUGCUCACAAGACAAAACCCAUGAGCAAUACAGAUCAAUAUGUCGCCAAAUCAAUUCUGGGCACCGACGCUAGUAAGACUUCCUUUAAUGAUGAAUUCUGUAAAGGUAGGGUCUGUUGCAAGUUUGAUGUCCAAUUUGCAACCGAGAUAUACAACAUUAAACCUGUGUACAAGGCUGUGGUUUCUGACUCUACGUGCGGUAUCAUCGCCUGUGAUAAUGACGACAGCAUCGCAACCUGUGGAAGUCGAGACAACGAGUUAAGCCGUGCUGUUUUCAAUAAAAUCACCAUUGAAGCAAAGUUCGAAGGGAAAUCAGCAUAUCAAUACUUGCCGGUAUCUACAAAUUUGGACCUGAAGAAUGUCAACUUCAUGUUUUGUGAUGGAAGCGCUUCGAUGAAAUUGGAAGUGGUUUCACAAACGGGACUGGUUUAUUUAGGUUUUAUCGGUGAAACAACCUCGGCGGGUCAAUCUAUUGCUAGUAUUAGUUUGCUUGCAGUUGUGAGCAUUGUUUUGGCGGUGUUCAAAUUAUCUAGUUAAGUAUUGUAUAAAAUUUCAUUAAAAUUGUCAAAACAUUAAGAUAAAUUUUUAAAUACAAAUAAACGUACUUAAUUCAUAAAA